CUUUACAUCUGGAGGAUUGAAUUAAAUAAAAUAUCAAAUAAAAUUAUCGAAAAAAAAGAAACGAUCUGUCAUCUUUAGUUAAGUUUUUAUGUGAUUAAGCUGCCAUCUAUCAUCUACAUUUAAGACUAUGAAAUCUCAACAUGCAUGAAUAUGUUUUCAAAAAUAUUUGAAAGAUGUGCUAUUCCUUUUUUCCAUUCUUCUCUAUUCUGCCGAUUUAUUCAUAUUUUCUCCCGUGUUAUAGUUUAUAAUGUUUAUUUAUUGUAAUCAAUUUAUGGGUUAAAAGUUAUUGUUAUAAAUGGCAAGUAAAGACACAAAAUCCCUUUUAAAGCAAGCCCGUGAAGCUAUUAAGGAGAAAGAUUUCAAAUCUGCUUUAAAAUUUUGCAAGGUUGUUCUGCAGUCUGAAAAAGAUAAUUACAAUGCUUGGGUUUUUGUGGGAGUGGCUGCUCAAGAGAUAGAUCAACCUGAUCAAUCAGUUGCUGCUUUCAAGAGGGCCAUCGAAAUAUCUCCGAAGCAACCAUUAGCUUGGCAGGGGCUCUGCAGCUUUUAUGAAAAGAAUGAAUCUCCAGAAAAUAUUCCGAAACUUGUAUCUGUUUAUAAGGAAUUAUUAGAGUUAUCUUCUCCGGAUAAAAAGUUAGAUAUUUUUGACAAGUUAAUCCCUCUUUUAAGAAAGCUGAAUGAUAAAGAAAAGGUUAUAAAAACAUUGAAACUAAAGCUGGAACUUGUGAAAGGAACGAAGGAAGAGAAUGCCAUCUAUAGAAGUAUAUUCAGUGAAUUGACUGGUAUUACAAAGCUCACAACUGUUGACAUGGAAACACAAAUUGAAGUUCUUCAGAGGUUAGUGGAUCUUGAUGAGUUUUCUGAAGAUGAUUGUCAAAGAAUUAUUUCUGACUGCGUCAACCCCUUGUACAAAGAGGGUGAAGAAAGCCAUUCUCUGAAAUUAGCUUUUAUAAUUUUCCGAAAACACCCAAACAAUUUGGCUUGUUUAGAGUUUAUCAGCAGAGCAGCCAUGAAUUUCUAUAUUGAGAAAGAUUUGCCUUUGAAUGGAUUGGAAAAUAUUUCUGAAAAAAUAAAGAGUUAUGAAAAGAUGAAUUCUAAAGGUUUGCCUCAGAUAUUUGAAGGAUUCUGCUCUUUUGUUUCCAAGAACUAUUUUCAAGCCAUACAAAAAUUAAAAGAAGGUCUGAGUAAAAUGGAAUAUUGUGUGCAAGGUUGGUAUUUUUUGUCAAAAUCUCAGUUGAAGUUGCAUCAAUAUAGUGAUGCAGAAGUCAGUGCUACAACAGCUAUUACAGUUGGUAGAAAAUCUAAAGUGUCUUCUAAGUGGAUUGGAAAGUUUUAUUUGAAUUUAGGUCAAGUGCUCUUAGGAAGACAGAAUUGGGAUGGAACAAUAGGAGCUUUAGAAAAAUGCUUAGAGUAUAUGGAGCAAACAAAGGAAAUGCGUGUCACACUUUGCUUCACUCUCUUAAGGAUUGGGAAAAUUUCUAACGCAGAGCAGAUUUUGCAUGAUUUAAAAGAAAAAUAUCCUGAAGAUCCUGAAAUUCUACAGCUUGAAGGUUAUUCUUUACUUUUAAAAAAAGAUUUGAUUCAAGCGUUACAAAGAUUUCGCCUUUCGGUAUCACUUCAAGAAUCUUCAUUCACUUUGCAUUUAAUUGGUGUUGUUCUUUGGGAAACCAAGCAGGGAGAGAAAGCUUUUAAAGUUUUCAUGAAAGCAGCUGAAUCUGAUCCUUAUUUUGCCAAAAACUUUUUAUAUCUUGGUCAUCAUUAUUACUUCAAUCUUAAUGAUAAAAGUAAAGCAGUCCUCUGUUAUGAGAAGGCAUUCUCUCUUGAUAAUUCUGAUACUGAAAUAGGGAUGUCUCUGAGUCAGAUGCUGAAAGAACUAAAAAAAGAAGAAGAAAAUAUGAUUGUUUUAAAGAAGAUCACGGAAAAUGCCAGCUUAGGCAGCUGCAAGUGGGCUUGGACUCAACUUGGUCUUUACUAUUUGGAAAAAAAUAAUUUUAAUGACGCUAUAUUCUCUCUACAAAAAGCCUUAAGAGCUGAUCCUGAUAGCAGUCAUGGCUGGGAAUGUCUGGCUGAUGCAUACUUUAAACGUGGAAGCUAUGAAUCUGCAUUAAAAGCCUAUGAAAGAGUGUACGAGAUCAAUUCAAGAGCAAUGUACCCUUUGUAUCAAAUUGCGACAAUUCAAAAAAUGAGAGGGAUCUUCACAGAAGCCAUUGAGAAAUUUAAGAGCCUUUUAAAUACAGUUCCAACAUAUAUUCCAGCUCUUAUAGGAUUGGCAGAAUCAUUGGUUUUGCAUGCCAGAAGAGCUUUGGAUGAUUGUUUGUUUGGAGUUGCAAAGGAUUCCUGUCAAGAGGCUUUGGAUAUUUUGUCCAGAGUUGCAAAGACUAAUAAUGGACUUUCUUGCCUUUGGAAGUUGGCAGGAGAUGCAUGCACUAUUCCAUAUCACCUCAAUGAGAAAUGGUUUCCUUUCAAUGUACCUGUUGAGCUUGUGCAGGAUUCCAAAAUAUGUGAAUCAGUUUCCUGUGAUAAACUUCAGAUACUUUCUUUUGGAGCAAGAUUCUUUGGACGCGCAUUGCUUAUUAAAGAUUCCGUGAGUACUCUCUGGCAUGAUCUGGGUGUAAACUACCAUUACCAGUCAACCCUUUCCAAUAAUCCUUUCGAGUUUUCUAAGAAAGCUUUCACCUGUCUUCAAAAGGCAAUUAGUAUUUGUCCCAUUAAUGAUGCUCAUUGGAGAACUCUUGGGGUGAUAGCUCUUGGAGAAGGAUUGAAGGAUUUUGCAUUUGGCCAGCAUGCUCUGGUAAAGUCACUUCUAGUCAACAGACAUGAUGCAGAAACUUGGACGAAUCUGGGCAUUUUAUAUUUGUUAAACCAAAAUAUUAAGCUUUCUCACUUCGCUUUCAAAAUGGCUCAGUCUGCCGAACCAAGUUAUCCCCUCAGUUGGAUUGGCCAAGCAUUCAUUGCUGAAAAAGUGAAGCAUUCAGAAACUCUGGAUCUUUUUAGACAUGCUACAACACUUGGAUCUCACAACGAAGCACUCGCUGGUUAUUCAAAAGCAGUGUGUGAGGCACUUCUGAAUACUGAGGAUAAAAACUCUCUAUCAUAUAAAUAUAACAUUGAAGAGAUGGACGCAGUUGUCCGUGCUGCUGACUGUUCAAUAAAAUUUAUAGCCAACAAUCAUAAUUCUGCUGAAAUGAAUAACAUAUUAGGAAUAUUGUUAGAGAGACAGCGUAUAUGUAAUGGAUCGCUUUUGGCUUAUGAAAGAGCUUUGAAUCUCAUGAAGGAUAAUAACGAAACUGAGUUUGAUCUGGCAGUACGAAUAAAUUUUGCUAGAGUAUUAAGUUCUGUUGGCCAAAUGAAAGAAGCUAUCAAAAAUUUCCUUCUAGUGACAAAGAAAACUAGUGAUGACACUUCUGUGAUCUGCAGUCUUGCAUUUGCUUUGUACAAAGAUAAACAGUAUGAGCCGGCAUUAAAAUUAUUUGCCCAAGCUUUUGAAAAGUGCAAAAUCCCUGCAAAUAAAUCUCACAUUAAAGUUGCCAUGGCUAUGGUUGCUACGAAUAUAAAAGGACCUGAUUCUCCUAAUCAUUUAACUUUGUUAUUUGAAAGCAUCCAAAUCUCUCCAGCCUCGGUCUAUGGAUUGUUGGCUCUGUACUCUGGAGGUAUACUUAAUGAAAAACUGGAUCUACUAUUGGCUGCAAGAAAGGAGCUCUAUCCUUACAGGUUUACCCAGCAAUAUGCAUCCUCUACUGCUUUACUAUGGGCUUCUCACUAUUACAUUAUGAAAGGUACCAGGCCUGCACGAAAUGAGUUGCUGAAGUACAUGCAUUGUUUGCCUUCUGAUAAUAAAAUCUGGCUGCAGGCUGCGGCGUGCCUUCUUCAGUGGGGUUCAGAGUCUGUUGCUGCAUAUUGCACAAAGGUCAGUGUCUUUCAUGGAGGCUGUAAAGAAGAAGCUUCUCAAAUAUUUGCCUUGAGCCAGAUGUCCAAUCGAAAGGAAGCUCUCUCUGCUGCUCAGAAAGUUGUGCACAUAAAUCCAGGGAAGUUGACCAAUUGGGCUACACUAGCAGCUGCCUGUCAUGUUGCGGACUUGGAUCGAAAACAUGUAGGUUGGAUGUUUGGUUUUGUAAAAAAAUUAGCAAAAGAGCAGAAGGUGAAGCCAGAUUUUUUGGGAUGGCUUGUUGUAAUGGAGAUAUUCCAUCAUAUUAAUUGUGGAGACUUAUCAGCUGCCAGUACCUUAAUGAGUCAGGUUCUUCCAAUAAAAUCUUUCAAUUCCGAAAUCACGUCGUGUCUGCAAAUUCUCGAUGCUGUGAUAAAAGUAUUUUCAUCUUCAAGUGGAAACCUGCAACCUCUCUUUUUAGCCAUCAAAAAUAAUCCAAAAUCCUUUUUUGGCUGGAGUGUACUCAGCCAGUUGUUGCUCGAUUCGGGAAAUGAUGUUGAAGCUGAGAAAAUGCUCUCACAUUUUAUUGUAUCCUGUGAAAAAAUGUUUCCUAAGUGGACUGCCUAUCCUUUGUUGCAACUUGCCAUCCUAUCUUACAGAGCUUUACAAGUUGCACAACUCCCUGAAGAAAGAGAAAAGUGGCUCCAUCUAGGUGUAGAAGUGUCUGGAAAAGCCGUCCACGCAGUACCCUCUAACCAGGCAGCACGUUUCUUACAGGGCCUCUUUGCAUUGGAAUCUGGAAACACCAGCUUGGCCAGGAGGUGUUUUGAAAAAGCUUCUGCGUUGCAGUCCAAUGGGAGGAAGGGUAUGUGGAUGGAAAAGAUGGCCAAUGAUAUUUUGAUGCACAAAAACUUGAAGAGAAAAUAAAGGUGUGAUUGAGGUGAAGAGGAAAGAAAGAAGAAUUAUUCUAAUAUUGCUUUAUAUUUUUACUUAUUUUUUAAAUAAAUACCAUCUCUAUUAAAGCUAUAAAA